CUAUAUCUGGUCUCUCCCAGACCCUGCAUUCACUACAUCUGCUCUCCCACAGUACACAGAACAUGGAAAUGCAAUUAUGUUAGUAAAUAUAAACUGCUAAAUACCUUUUCUGGUCAGCAGUAUAAAGCAGUAUUGUGACUUCUAUCAGUGUCCAGCUGAGCACUGGUUAAAGCUUGUAGAAGGAGUUUUCAUUCUCCUCUGACUGUCCUAUGAGGCUGCAUUGCCCCUGACCUGUCUGAACAGUGCUGGUUGACCCUGUGCUGAUAACAUGCACCCUCCCAAAGAUAAAAGAAAACACUCUAGCAAUACACACUAAACUGAGCAU